AUGUUGGAUUUCACUUUAAAAUGUUGUAAAUAUUACGAACACGCGCGUCAUAUCAGAGCAAUUUAUAAAAUCGAUCGAAUGGUCAUGAGAGCGAACGGAGAUCAAAGAAAACAUUUGAGGCUGAAGGGUAGACAUGCAACCCACCUCUUAAAUUAUGUUUUGAUUAAUAAUUCAGGCCCGUUCAUUAGAAUUGUUUUACUUCUUGACAUUCGUUGGAAUGUACCUUCAUUUGAAUGCGAAGCAGAGGCAGCACCAGCAGCAUCUUAA